AUGCUCAUACGCUUCCCACAUAUCAAACCCCCAGAACUGCCAGCUCAUCUCAAGAUCAAGAGUCUCCGAUAUUCACUAGAUACGGUCAUAACGAACAGAUGGACUUCGUGCAACAAUACGGUAUUUCACCUCAUCAGUUCUGUUCCACGCCGCAAGGAUCCUGUCGCUCACCACAAACGGAUGGAGCUCAAGAAAAGAAUGAGCGAGAUAAGCCAUGUUGGUAACCCGCACCUACCAAACACGCAACCUAUUGUCAAUUAUGUCCGACCCGGUGUUCCUCCAAUGGGGCCUCCGCCUCUUCCGACUCAAGUUCAACAGAACCCAGCCGGUGGUGAAGUAGUUGCAGGUGACACGCGGGAGAAGUCGCCGGUGUACGUGAAUGCAAAGCAGUUUCAUCGGAUUUUGAAACGACGUGUUGCGCGACAGGCACUCGAGGAACAGUUGCGACUCACAUCAAAAGGCCGCAAACCAUAUCUACACGAAUCACGGCACAACCAUGCUAUGCGACGGCCUCGUGGCCGGAAUGGAAGGUUCUUGAAAGGCCAACUUAGUCGCCUCUAUGGAUGA